AAUGACGCUUUCUCUUUUGUUGAAUACCACGGAGUGUUAGCUCUUCUCAUUGAAUAGUGUGUAGCUUCUUCCUACGCUGAUAUCGUUGUUCCCUCCUCAGUUGAACUUUUAUAGCUGUUAUCUCGUAACACGCAUAUUCUCAGGUUGUGGAAUUAUUCUCAAUGACGUCUUAGUUAUUUCUGGCGUACAUAACCUGCACAUGACUGAACCCAUUCAGUUAGCAUGUUGAACGACAAUUUCGCGCUGCGUUAUUUAAAGUGUUUUGCUUUUUGGGAUGUAAAUACAGGACAGCCAUGAACUGUUGAGUUUGAUUUGACACCUUAAAAACUAAAAAAAAAGAUCCAAUUUGAGAUAUCGCUUUGCUCUCAAUAAAUGUGUAAAGUGGCUUUAAGAUUUUGAACAAGAGAUAGGGAAUGGAAAGUGCAGCAAGGGAUUGCAAAAAUGAUGCAGGACGGCAUCUGAGGAAUACAUGUGACACUUUGACCCUUCCAACUGAUUUGUAGGCAUCAGAAAGGAUAACUUUGCUAAGGUCGUAAUAACCAAACAAAAAGGCAUCGGGGAAGGCAAAACGUAUGCCAUAUCACAUUUGGUGUGCAUAAAUGUGCUAAUUUACAUGAAGAGAAUCUCAAGUCUAAAUUUUCUCAUUAUUUCAGGAGAAAGUCAGAAGAUACAGUACAUACAAAUGGCUGUUGGAAACAUUAAAUAAUGUGUGCGUUCCAUUGCUUAGGGCUAAAUUUUAGCCAGUAGAUAUUAGGAUCUGGACAAAGAUGAAUGACACACGAUUUUGAGGCGUCGCCACUGUGAAAAUGGCGGAGCGGGAAGAACGCCGCUUUGCGGAAAUUUCCAGGGAAUCGGUGAAAUUCAUGGCUGAGAGUUCAGGAGUGGAGCUAGGUGAUGAUGUUGCCACUCUGCUGGCUGAGGAUGUGUGUUACCGCUUAAGGGAGGCGACUCAGAGCAGCUCACAGUUCAUGAGACACGCCAAGAGAAGUAAACUUACAGUAGAGGACUUCAACAGAGCUCUGCACUGGAGUAACGUGGAGGCCAUCUGUGGCUACGGUGCCCAAGAUUCUUUACCGUUCAGAUCUGUGAAAGAAGGAGAACUUUUCUUUGUGGAGGACAAAGACAUUAACCUGGUGGAGCUGGCUCUGGCCACUAACAUUCCCAAAGGAUGUCCUGAGACCAUGGUUCGAGUGAAUGUGUCGUAUUUGGACGGGAAGGGCAACGUGGAACCUCAAGGCACUGUUCCCUCUGCAGUGCAGUCUCUGUCAGAUGACCUGUUGACCUAUUACCAGCAGAUCACACGUGCCAUCCUGGGGGAGGAUCCUCACCUCAUGAAGGUGGCUCUUUUAGACCUACAGUCCAACUCCAAGAUUGCUGCUCUGCUGCCAUACUUUGUUUAUGUCAUCAGUGGGGUCAAGUCAGUGAGUCAUGAUUUGGAGCAACUCAACCGACUCCUCCACAUGGUGAAGAGCCUGGUGCAGAACCCUUACUUGUACCUGGGCUCCUAUGUGCGCAGCCUGGUGUCCAGCGUCAUGUACUGCAUCCUGGAGCCUCUGGCCGCGUCCAUAAACCCUCUGAACGACCACUGGACCCUGAGAGACUACGCGGCGCUGCUGCUCAGCCACAUCUUCUGGACACACGGUGACUUGGUGAGCGGUCUUUACCAUCAGAUCCUACUGUCGCUGCAGAAGGUUCUGUCUGAUCCUGUGAGACCGCUGUGCUCCCACUACGGAGCUGUGGUGGGACUACAUGCUCUAGGAUGGAAGGCUGUAGAGAGAGUUCUCUUCCCGCACCUUUCUGCCUACUGGGCAAACCUCCAGGCCGUGUUAGACGAUUACUCCGUGUCCAAUGCUCAGGUCAAGGCUGAUGGACACAAAGUCUAUGGCGCCAUUCUGGUGGCAGUAGAGCGUCUGUUAAAGAUGAAAGCUCAGUCCCUGUCUCAGCCUGCAGAGGCAGCGUCCAGCACCUAUGCUGCAUCUGGGUUUAGCCAUGGCGGACACAGAAUGAGCUCCCCCGGUCUGAGUCCUCCUACAGAACCUCUGUCGGAGGGAACGCUCGGAAUUGCAAGCCACCUGCAGGCAGGAGGCGCAGGCUGUCCCUGGGAGGAGUGGACUCCAGUCCCUCUCCCUGCUAUGUACUGUGAGCUCUACUCCUUUUUUGGAGACAGUCUAGCUGUCAGGUUCAGCACAGGGCCUGGUUUAGGCAGUUACCCACCGUGCACCCCAUCCCACCCCGUUGAUGCCAGAAAAGAGCUGCCCGGCCCUACCUCCAACCCUGACACAACUCGCAAGAUGCCGCAGCUUACAGCCAACCUCAACAUCAGCCCCAGGCAUGAUGGGAGUCCUCGCACUGACCCAGCACCGCCCAGUCUGGCUGCUACAGGAUCAAUGAGGUCUCUGACUCGCUCCUCCUCCUCAGUCCACCGCUCCAGAUCCUCCUCUUCCCGCACAGGUCAGUGCUCUGCAAGUCUUUCCAGGGAGGUUUUCACCAAAGCUCGCUUUACCUCCCCGCAGACUGCACUGCCAGCGUUCUCAUUUCUCAUCGGUGGGCGUCAAAUGGGUCGCCGCUGCCAGGGUCGUCGCCCCUUCCAGACUGCCUUCGCCACACCUGCCUCUCUCACAGCUGUACCUUCACGUUCCUACGCUCACAAACUGCCCGUCAUCGGCAGGGUGGGUAAACCUGUACAUCGCUGGACGUGUUCACAUUACUCUCUUCAUCUGCCGCUUUAAAAAAAAAAAAAAGAGAGAUGGACAUAGUUUAAAAUUUUUGGUUGAGGAUGUGUGAUGGUUGUGGCCAUCAAAUGCUAGCAGAACAAUGACUGUCAUGGUGGAAACACAGCAACGGUUAUCAGUGGGACUGGAGUGAUGGCAAUGUAAUGUCUGGACAACAAAGUUCUCUUGUUUCUCUGAUUCUGACGCAAGGAAAACGAUGAUGCCAUUCCAUUGUUUUUUCGAUUGCAUCUCUAGCUAAGAUGUUUUUUAGUACUGAUUUUCUAGUAGCAGUGGUGGCUUAGCACUUAAGGAAGUGGGCUUGGAUCUGGAAGGGUUCAGGUUUGAGUCCACCAGCUGCCAAGUUACCACUAAGGUGCUCUGAGCAUGUCACCGUCCCCACACACUGCUCCCCAAAAAGCUGCCCACUUUGGUGAUGGGUUAAAAGCAGAGGUCACAUUCUCUUAUAACCUGGUGGACAGUUUCUAACAGUUUCAGCAGAACACAGAUUAUUCCCAUAAUCAUAGUGGAAAACAGUGAUUGAAAUGUAAACACAGAACGUGUUUAAAUAAAAAAAAUACAUGUU